AUGGCCACUACUACCGUAGAAUCAAUUGAUAAUAAUAACAACACAAAUCAUGGCUCAAGUAGCUCAGCUUCAAGAUACAAUAACAACACAAAUCAUGGCUCAAGUAGCUCAGCUUCAAGAUACAAUGGAGGUAGAAGUCGUUAUCGUGGGCGAGGCAACUCACGGGGCGGUAGAGGCUCUUUUCGAAGUAAUCCUCAGCACAAGCAACGCUCUAACAGAAGUGGUCAUCAGCCAAUAUCAAGCUACAAUCAAGGAGAUAUUGUGGGUCAUAAUAAAAAUGUUAGUGAUAGCAAUGAGUUACAACAGCAUAACUCACGACACAAAGAUACGAACAAUGAAUCGAAGGUUGUCUCUGAUCCCAAGGGCAAGGGAUUAGCAAUUAUCACAGAAUCUUCAAUUACAUCAAAUAAUGAUUCAAAAACUUCUCGAACUUCUAUACGUUCAAAGAAAUCCUCCGUUUCUAAAUUUUCUCUCGAUGAAAUUAAAGAUUUGUCUACCUCGAUAACUUACGGUUUAACUACAUCUACUUAUGAAUGUAUGAUUUGUUGCGACGUUAUACGGCCUAGUAAUAAGACAUGGUCUUGUGGAGUUUGUUGGGCGGUAUUUCAUUUGCAAUGUACGCAAAAGUGGGCUCAAAAGUCAUUUAAUGAUGCUGGUUCAUGGCGUUGUCCUGGAUGUCAAAACAAAUCUGAGAGUAUUCCUGAGGUUUACAAGUGCUUUUGUGGCAAAGUAGAAAAUCCAAAAUUUACGCGAUUUUUAACCCCUCAUAGUUGUGGUAAUGCCUGUAAAAAAAAUAGAGAUUGCACACAUGAUUGUAUUCAGCCAUGCCAUCCAGGGCCAUGCCCACCUUGUUCGGCCAUGGGUCCUAUUCAAUACUGUUUUUGUGGUCGUAAGACAUAUCAACUUCGUUGUAUCGAAAUCGAUCAUACUGCUGGUAAAUCGUGUGAGGAGGUUUGUGGGAAGUUAUUGGAUUGUGGUAAACAUUAUUGCAAAAAGAAAUGCCAUCCAGGAGAUUGUGCGCGAUGCGAAGUAGUUGAAUUACAAAAAUGUUAUUGUGGACAGACAGAACGAGAUGCAACGUGCGGUGACGGGGUGGCAUUUCAUUGUUACGGAGAGAAAACCAUCGAAUCAUUGCAGGAUUGGACUGGGUUCUUCUCAUGUAAAGAAAAGUGCAAUCGCUUGCUAGAAUGCGGCCAUCAUUCAUGCACAAAACCAUGUCAUCCAGUAACGGAAGAACCUGAGCCUUGCGAAUUAAGUCCUUCACGUGUUCAUAAUUGUCCUUGUGGUGCGAAUACUAUAGAGUCGCUUCUUGGUCAUAAGCGAACUUCUUGCACUGAAGAAAUUCCACUCUGUAAUAACAUUUGUUCGAAAACAUUUCCAUGUGGACAUAAAUGCCAAGAUACAUGCCAUCAUGGGAAUUGUAAACCUUGUACAACUACUGUACAUGUCAAAUGUCGAUGUGGUAGUAAAACGUUUGAACGUGUCUGUUCCGAAGUUUCUAGUAAAGCAGGAGACGAGGAAUUAAUAUGUGAUAGGAUAUGCAGAGGUCUUAGAACCUGCGGUAAACAUCAAUGCAGUGUGCGUUGUUGUCCAUCAGCUAAUAAGAAAUCUUCGAAAAGUAGAGGUAGCGCUCCACAUGAGGAGUAUGAUGUUAAUCAUCAGUGUGUUUUAGUGUGCGAGGCCUCAUUUGAAGAACUGACAUGUCAUUGCGGACGUACAACUCGUGAUCCUCCGAUCCGAUGUGGAACUAAAAUCCAAUGCCCUUAUUCAUGCGUAAGGGUACCAUCUUGUGGUCAUCCAAAUGUCCCACAUGGAUGUCAUGGGGAUGAAGAAUCAUGUCCUCCAUGUGCAUUUUUGGUUAGCAAAAAAUGCACAUGCGGUAAAUCUGUGGUAAAAAAUAUUUCUUGUCACAAGUCUAAUGUCAGUUGUGGACAAGUUUGCGGUGUGCUAUUGCCUUGUGGCGGACAUCACUGUAAACGUGUAUGCCAUUCUGGAGAUUGUCUCAUAGAACAGCGAUGUACUCAGACGUGCGGAAAGCCCAAAGCCUGUGGUCACCCUUGUUCUUCGACAUGCCACGCGCCAACAUCAUGUCCUGAUACUGCAUGUCAGUCUAAAAUGAUGAUUAGUUGUAAAUGUGGACAUUCCUCCAAAGAGGUCAUCUGUAAUGCAACCAAGGAAACAGCAGAAGAAAUUAAACGUAGUCAAUUAGAAUGUGAUAAUGCUUGUGCCAUGGCCGAGAGAAAUCGAAAGUUGGCUAACGCGUUGGGGCUGUCUGAUAGAAUUGUUGAAGGGCCAUUUGCCCCUAAGUACGACGAAGAGUUACUUAAGUACUUUGGCGCUAAUAAAGAAUGGGCAAAAAAUAUUGAAUCCACACUGGGAGACUUCAUUUUGAAGUCAGAUAAACCCACACUGAAUCUGACACCUAUGAAAGCACCACAUCGUGGAUUUAUUCAUGGACUCUGUGCACACUAUUCACUAAAGUCAGAAAGCGUUGAUGUUGAACCCUUUAGAAGCGUUAUAAUUAAGAAAAAGGCUGAUUCCGCAAUUCCACUAGUGCUACUAUCUCAAGCCUUUGCCAACCACGGAAAAACAAACAUACACUCAUUAGCUACCUCAGCAACAUCGACAACAUCAACACUUGAAUAG